AGUGAAGUCUCAUGUAGCUUGAAAGAUUGUAAGAUAAAGGCUGAAAGUAAUUUCAGUCUCUGACUUAGGACACUAGACUUUUCAGAGGCUAAAUUGAGCUCAAGUUUAAUAUGAGCUAGAAAUAAGCCCACAUCUGUAAACACAGAUACUUACUAUUUUAAGAUUAUGCAGCUUUGCUGUGACUCCAGAAUUAUUCAUUUUAAUUUCCAUUAAAUAUGCCUUUACAAGACUGGAAUAGUCAUUAGACUUAAGUCAACUCUGCAACCUACCUUAACUUUAUUUUUUCCAUUGCUGUCUAUUCAUGAGCUUAAUAUUUGUUUCAUACUUGCCUGGUUGAUUAAGGUUCAUUUAUAACUUGUAUUGCUGUGAUUUGGUUAAGAUUCCACUGAACUAAGUGGUAAAUUAACUGCAAAUGACUUGCUUGUCUAGAUUCAUCGUAAGAAGGUGUGUUUCAUUAUAAGUGGAAUACAGGUGUAGAUAAUAUAUUUAUAUCUUGAUUGUAUGUUAACUUUUUCAAGCCCAGGUUAUACAAUAUAUUUAUCAAACAACCAAAGGUUGAGGGAUCUGGUGCAGGUCCAGUGGUGCAGUGACCCAACUAAAAGAUUAUUAUGCUGCUCCCUCCUGACUCUUGUGAGGAAGUCAGCAUUUUCUCGUUUUCCCUUGACCCCUUAUCUUUUCCGGAUGUUGUGAGGCACUCUGGGCUUGAUCCAAAACCCAAGUGAAGUUUUGGGGAAAUCUUUCCAUUGGCAUUGGCUCAGGACUUCUAUUACUUCCUACCCAAUGGGGUGAGGAUGUGCAUGAACCUCGUUAACACAUUGCUAAGCACUACACUUAAAUAGUACAGUGAGCAUUCCACUCUGCACAAUACAGAUAUAUGUGGGAGAGUAGGAACCCUCUUGUGAUCUGCACUCCACUCCUUCUGCCACCAUUCAGAGCAAGGAGGGGUACUGAAUGCACUGAUGGGUGACCUUCAACUUUGCAAACUAGAUGAACUUGACUGCCUUAUUAAAGGAGUUUUGUACAUUGACUCAGUUGGAUUCAAUGGACAUUCAGAGUGCUACUACUUUGAAAACCCAACUGAUUGUGAAAAAUGUCAGAAGCUCCCAUUCAACUUGGAGAAUCCAUAUCCUCUCCUCUUGGUGAACAUUGGCUCAGGGGUCAGCAUCUUGGCUGUAUAUUCCAAAGACAAUUAUAAGCGUGUAACUGGGACCAGUCUUGGAGGAGGAACGUUUUUUGGUCUCUGCUGUCUUCUUACUGGCUGCUCCACCUUUGAAGAGGCUCUUGAAAUGGCAUCCCUUGGAGAUAGCACGAAAGUGGAUAAACUGGUGCGGGACAUCUAUGGAGGGGAUUAUGAGAGAUUUGGACUGCCAGGCUGGGCUGUAGCAUCCAGCUUUGGGAAUAUGAUGAGCAAGGAGAAGAGAGAGUCUGUCAGUAAAGAGGACCUGGCAAGAGCAACUUUAAUAACCAUCACCAAUAACAUUGGCUCCAUAGCACGGAUGUGUGCACUUAAUGAGAACAUUAAUCGGGUGGUUUUUGUUGGCAAUUUCUUGCGGAUCAAUACAAUCUCAAUGAGGCUUCUAGCAUAUGCUUUGGAUUAUUGGUCCAAGGGGCAGUUGAAGGCACUUUUCUUGGAACAUGAGGGUUAUUUUGGAGCAGUUGGUGCUUUUCUGGAGCUUUUGAAUUCAGCCUGAGUCAUUACAGAUCCUGCACAUUGGACAUAAGUUGCAGGAGCUUCUACCCUAUUGGAACUCCUACAUGUAUUUAGCUUUUUUUAAAGCAUCUGUUAAGUGACUAUUACAGUAAUUGUACAUGAUGUAAUCAUUGCGGAAAAGGAAAGGACAAAUGAAUUUUUUGUAAACAGCUAAAAUUAAUCCUGAAUCUUAAUGUAGAUUAGUUAAUAAGAAGAAAUAUAUAUCUUCUGAGCAGCAGUUUUUAUUAUAAUCUGCUACAUGUUUUGAGAUAGUGUGGGAAGGUGCGAGAUAGAGAGAGCAUAAGUCUCACAUUAAACUAUCCUGUUCUCAAAAGACAUUUUUUUUAAAAUGCCAAGUGUCUACAGUGGUAACUAUUUUAUAUUUCACUUGCAAUGUUUGUAUAUAUGGGAUUGAAGGACUUUAAGUAUUUGUGGUAGUAUUGAAUAGUGUAUUGUUUAUGUAUGACAAUUAUCAAAACAGAACCCAGAAAUAUAAAAACUCACCUUUUUCCAAAAGUCCUUGUUUGUUGCCCUCUUCUGAACACUGUAGUGUCCUGUAAAAACAUCCUCCUACAAUCAGUAAUGGCUUAUUUUCUGGCAAGUCAGUCACUGUGCAUACACACUGUUGGAGAAACAAGAAGUAAGGAUUAAAUCUUUUUUGGGUCUUGCUUUCUGUAAAACUGCGUAGCAACUUCCUGUCAUCUGCACCCUGGUGACUGCUGACCAGACCUCUGGAUGUGUGGGUCAAACCCUUAUAAUGUAGUUUUAGCAACAUGCAGUAGAUAUCUCACUUGAAAUCCACUAAGAGUAAAUUUAAGAAUAUUUAUAACUAGUGUGUUACUUUCUUUUCUUUUUUUUUCUUUUUUUAAAGAAUUGUAUGGAACUGUACCAAAAAUGAUGAUAAUGCUAUUCCUGAUAUACUCAGGCUGUUCUGUAUAACUUAAUAUUCUAUAGAUGUUUGUUGUUAGCUAGUUACUAAACAUAAUCCAGAUUCAGGAGGAAAAUCAAUCUUCUCUCCACAUCAGCAUUCGUGUCUCUGUCUGUCUGUCUCCCUGGUGUGUGCAUUCCUGCAGAACCCGAACACUUCAUUGCCAUGGUUUCAGAUUCUCUAAGACAUUGACCUUUCAAGAUGUUAAACUAGAAGAUGUUGUGUGGGAGAACAUUCCUUCCAUGCACAAUAGGUUAAGCAACAUUGGCAAUAGGCUACCCUUAAAAGAGCUGUGUUCGAAACAAGCAUGUGGCUCAUAAACCAGCCUUUUGUCUGGAGUAAUUGUCAGGUUCCAGGGUCCCUCACGUCCUUGGAGCUAUAGUCUUGGGCUACUACUAAUCUGAACAAAAUGUCCACUGGGAGGGUAUAAAUUCUCUCCCUCCACUAUGGAUGAUACUAGAUAUUUCAGUAUAACUUGACUGCAGGGGGUUGGAAGCAGUUGCUCCUUAAAAGCUACUAUAUCUUAACUAGUUAACUCAUGUUAACUACAUCUUAACUAGUUAACUCAUGUUAACUAGUGCUGCUGCUGCAGAGAGUUUUCUGGAGAAUGGUAAUAUGGCUUUUCUGCUGAAUAGCUCAACUAGAUGUAGAAACCCCGUUCACAGCAGGAAGAUUGAAUACACUUUCUGGUGAAUACAGGGAUAGAUUCUCGGCUAGUGUAGAUUGUCAUAGCUCCACUUGAUUUCAGUUUACACCAGAUGGGGAAUCUGCCCCAGAGUCUUUAAAUAACUUGUCCUUCUUAGGAUUUAGUAGAUUAAUGCAUCGGCCUCUUUACAUUUGGGUUCAUAUUUGCAGUGGAUCUCAAAUGAAAGCUCUUUGGUUUUCUAUAGGCCCUGGUGGAUAUUUUUUGAUCACGAGUCUGAUAGUUUGACAUGAUUAGCAAUCCUGAGCUGAAAUAGUUCAGAAUUAAGGUGGUGUAGCAGAGCUGUGGGAUGGGUGGGAGCUGUUUUAGGGCUUGAUCCUGCAAUGUGCAGACAUCACCUGCAAGGUACUGUGUGCCCCUUUACCUCCCACUGCAAUCUCUGAGAGCUGAGUGCUCACAGGAGGUGCUCUUCACCUGGCAGGAUUGGUCCCACAGUGUGUCUGUACUACGAGCUUGGGAUGAGAAAUAACUGGGAAUUGAGUGUGCCUGGGUUUUUCACAAGAUCAGGUCAUUUGUUUUAUUUACUAAAGGAGGUGCUGUUAGCUGCAUUGCUGUAUGAAGCACUCAAUACCACCAGGUUUGUUGUAAAAUAAUGUAUUUUUAGAACUUUAUAGUCAAGAAAUUCCAGCCUCAGCAAUCUAGUUGCAGACAAAAUUGAUGAUCGAACAUCGGAUGAAAGAAUCUGGAACCUCUAAACCUCUUCAGCUAUAUUGGUACAUAUGAAGGACUAUACCAUUCAAAAAAAGAACAGGAGUACUUGUGGCACCUUAGAGACUAACAUAUUUGAGCAUAAGCUUUCAUGGGCUACAGCCCACUUCUUCAGAUGCCUAGAAUGGAACAUAUAUUGAGGAGAUAUAUAUACAGAGAGCAUGAAAAGGUGGGAGUUGGCUUACCAACUCUGAGAGGCCAAUUAAGUAAGAGAAAAAAACUUUUGAAGUGAUAAUCAUGAUAGCCCAGUACAGACAGUUUGAUAAGAAGUGUGAGAAUACUUGCAUGUACCAUUCAAGAGAUUCAGCUGCUAGUUCUCCAAUGUACGCCAGAGACCUUUUCUGCAAAGAAGGCAAUCUUCCCAAAUAAGUGGAAAAAUAAGUAACUACUUAGAAAAAUUGCAUUAGCCUUUUAAGUGUAAUAUUGCUAACUUAGAUCAUGCAGUGAUCUGCGUUCAGAAUUUGAAUUAAGCUACUUUUGGAGGUGCACGUUUGAGGAGACGGUAUUUCAUGACUAGGAUCUUGGAUUUGUGCUUUAUCAUGAUAUCCCACUAAAGAUAUAAUAAUACCAGAUUGUUUUAGAAAUAAGUCAGACUUCCUAACGUACCUAGUUCCAAGUGUAGUAGAACUUAGAUUGUAAGCUCCUUGGGGCAAGGGCUUUUUCUAUGCCAUGUUCUGUAUAAUGCUCAGCAAAUUUUUGAUGCUCAGUGAAUUUAGACAACUUCUGCAAUUUGCUUGGUCGCACAACCUCAACUGGAAUUUCAGUCCUUGCUUCAGCUUUGGUCUAGAAUCCAGAUGAAAUUCUUAUUGCCUUUAACUGUUAGGUUGACGUCUACCCCUGUGCAGACCCUUUGUACCAUUGAACCCCUUAUUUUGAGGUAUAAGAUGCAGUGAGCGAGUGUGGGCCCUCUGUGCAUUGCUUAAUGUGAGAUUUAAAUGAUGCAAAGGGCGUCAUUUGGAAUCCCUGUGCAGAGGUGAAUUCAUACACUUAGUGUUUUAGCAGCAGGAACAAAGGACCUACACUGGACCUCUCCGAGAUUAACGUACAUACAUGUUGGUUACAGGAAAGUAGCUUAUCUUUCUAUAGCAAUUACUUGAAGCAUGGUCAUGAGUUAAAGGAUCAUGAAAGAGGCUGUGACAAUGCUUUCAUAUGGUCUUGUAUACAAAUGGAACCUGUGGAGGGAAGAGAAAUGAACAUAAAUUCUGCAGUAAGCUAUCUGGCUUAAAACCAGGUCAUGUGCCAUGUUGCAGCUGUGCACAUGCCAAACCUUGGAACUGAAACUGGAGUAAAUAAGCCAUCUAGUGUCUUGGAAUCUCCCCUUUCUUGGCUGCUUUUCCCCCAUUCAUUCCACAUACAUGUAUAUGUAAGAUGUCUUUUUUGUUUUGUUUUGUUUUUUUAGUGGGUGGGUUUUUGUUUUUGUUUUUUAAAAUAGAGCCUGAAGUUGUGGUUUGUGAUGUCUUUGCUUAAACACGGAACUCACCUAUGUAUUAUUAUUACAUUUUUUGGGGUAAAACUGUUUUAAAAUUUUCUUUGGAUAAAAUAUUAGUUGUUUUUUAUA